GAUAUGCGCGCGCAUCUGUCAAAUUAUUUAGCUCGCGAAACAAAUUUGUUAUUGCAAUAUUUACAUUAAAAAGAUAAAUUGUAACAAGUUAAAGUUCAGGUUCAAAAUAAAUAGUGUUGGCAAUGUUAUGUUAUUGAACGGAAAUGUGAAGUGAUGUUUCUAUAGUUCGACAAAAAUAGGUUACUAGGUUGUGUGUUGUGAGUUGUUGCAGUAGAUUUAUUCUGAAUAAGUAUAUAUUUUUAAAUACACGACAUGGUUUAGAAUGUCAUAAUAACAUUCCGGAUCAUAAAAUGAUAGUUUUAAGCUGGCAUGAAAUGAGGUAAAUCUAAAAAUAUGUUUGUCAAAUGAAAGUUAAAUGUUACAAUGAAUUAGAAACAUGUCGAGAUGUUUACGAGUAUGUGGGGCAUAUUCGUAUAGACUUACACGCAGACAUUCUACACUACUUCUAUUUAUUUCGUUUGUUGUUACUAUUACUGUGAUAUUCCACUUGUAUGCAUUUAAACACCACGAAAGACCCCACGCGUCUGCACAAAUUGGAGAUUAUGAAUACAAACCUGGAGCUUUCCUACGAGGUCGACAGCCCAAUGAGAACAAAAGCUAUUGUGAAUUUAAUUAUGGCCUUCCACAAUACAUCAACUGGGGAACUUUCCCAAUAUUUUCUUCCCCUGAAUCAGGUGUCACUGGACCUUAUAGAGUCAUAUACAACGCAAUCAGAGGAACAGAAUAUGCUAACGAUACAAAGUAUGACGCGGUGACGUAUGCUACACAAGCAACGCCAGAAUUUAUUUAUCACAUUGUUGAAAUAGCCAAGUAUUGGGAUGGCCCAAUCAGUUUUGCCCUGUACGUGCCCAACUACGAUUUGGAUGUCUCUGUUCAAAUAUUAAAACACAUUUGUUCAUGUUAUCCUGCCAUGUCAAAGGUAUCGGUUCAUUUAUUUUACCCGAAACGAUAUCCACCCAAAAUUAGGAAGCCAGAGGACUUUAUACUUACCACGGUAAUACCGACUGUUGCUGUAAACAUAUCCAGUGAUGUCAUUUUAAAAAAUAAGCUAGAUAAUUACAGGAACUUGGAUCGUAAAUCCCGAGCUGAAUACGUACAAUAUGUGAGAAAAAGGAAAAUUGAACGAAUGAUGGCAAAAGUAAAUAAAAAAGAGGAAAGCGCACCGAAUUUGCAUUUUGCCGAUUGCUCUGGGCCUGACGUAUCCGACAUACCGACAUUUCGGCGCGAACAUAAAAUGAUAUAUCCAAUAAACGUAGGAAGGAACAUCGCACGGAAUGCGUCGAAGACAAACUAUUUCAUUGUGUCGGAUAUAGAAAUGGUGCCGAGUUUCGGAUUAGCACCGAAAUUUCUAAGAAUGGUGAGGAAACUUAUGGGCGAUAAGAAACGCGACGAGGGCUGUAUAUUCGCUAAGACGGUCUUUGUAGUGCCGCUGUUUGAAGUUGAAAGGGGAGAGGAUAUCCCUCACGACAAAGACACGUUGGUGAAUAUGGUAAUCUCGAACCGCGCUAUGUAUUUCCAUCAAAAGAUUUGUUCGCACUGUCAACGGUUUCCCGGACUUCAGACUUGGCUACUACGGGCUCCGCACAAUACACUAGAGCCAAUGCUGAUAGCUCGAAGGGAAUAUCCCUAUCACCGCUGGGAGCCACUUUAUUUCGGAACUAACAAGGAGCCCUGGUACAGUGAGAUGCUGUCUUGGGACGGCAGACAGGACAAAAUGACGCAGAUGUUGGAGCUGUGUCUUCAGGACUAUCGGAUGGUGGUACUCGACGGAGGUUUUCUCUGCCACGCCGCGGCCAACAAGAAUACUUCUCAAAACGCAAGAGCACAGUACCUCAAUCGACAACGAUAUCAGAGCAUUAUUGCUUCGUUUAAGGAGAAAUAUCCCGAUCGACCUAAGUGUAAGAUCACGUGGGGAUGUAAGCAUACUAAUUAAUGUUUAUAAAGCCUUUUUUGUAUAUUGUCGCUUAUGUCUGACUUAAGUUGGGGUACAGAUGUUUAUUAUUAAUGUGUACGAUGGUAAAGCUUAGGUUUCCUAGAAAAGCGGUGCCGUUAACUAACGACCGUCAUUUUACGGUUGUUAAUAACAGCGAUCUUUAGUUUUUAACAUAAUGCAAAAAACAAUCGUUCUCGCUCGUCCACGUCAUGGUCACAGUCACCGCUACACACGAAAAACGUUGAACUAAUGUUUAUCACCGCUAUGACGGCCGUCAUGCAAAUGAUAGCACCGCUA